AUGGAGGGGCACUAUCAGUUCAGCUCUCCGGAGUGGGACGACAGGUCGGACACUGUAAAGGCUCUAAUAUCCAGGCUGCUGGUACUCGAUCCAGCUCUCCGUCUGACUGCAGAACAAGCGUUAUCACAUUCCUUCUUCAGACAGUACCAGAAGGAGGACGUACGACUCUUCAGUCCCAGAAAGACAUUUCGAGUGUUGAUCAUCUCUGUGCUAGCGUGUAUCAGGAUGUACAGCCGUUAUCGCAAAGCUCGGCCACUGACUCGGGAGGUGCUGGGCAGAGAUCCUUACUCUGUUCGCGGCAUCCGCAAACUCAUCGACGGAUGUGCUUUCCGCAUCUACGGACACUGGGUGAAGAAAGGCGAGCAGCAGAACAGAGCCGCCCUCUUUCAAAACACAGCUAAGAUUGUGCUACUGGACCUGGAGGACUUUGACACUUAAAAACCUCAUGCCUAACCAUGUGGAUUUGUUGUUUUAUAUAUUACCAUUUGCAUGUACUGUUGUGUCAGCGCAUGCCUUAUCAAGUUACUGUGUUUAAUUUUACAAUGAGGAAUUCAGGGACCUGGACUUUCUUAUUCCUUACUGUGCAUCCCUUCUUUGCAGUUUAAGUUCAGGCAUGCUCAGUAGAAUUUUUUAUUAUUAUUAUAAUACUCUGAAGUUUUUCCUGAUGGAAACACCACAAAGUCAAGUCAGAGGGUUUGCAGAACAAAGCUAUUUGUGAUGCCACUUUGCAGAAUAGUACACAUUACACAGUGUCCUGAUUAAACACAUAACAAGAAGGUGCAUUGCAUACUGUAUAUUAGGAAUUUUAACCUUUUGAUCAUCAGUUAUGACUGAGGAAAGUGUUUCUAAUCACUGUGUGGUUAAAGCUGAUUUUUAAAGCACUGUGAUUGGUUAUUUAAUAAUCAUAUACACCUAUUGCAUAAAGGCUGUUUUACAAAUAUGCCACUGCAAACAAAGUACUAUGAAGCGAUAUAUGAGGACCUUUUGAAAUAUUUAUGUUCUGUACAGUAUUUUAGUUCUUUUUAGAAAAAAAAUACUUUAGCUGUCAUGCACAGAGCCUUUCCUCAAUAAACCCACUUAGUGUAACUGUGAAGUCUGACUGUAUCUAACACAAAUAUUCUAUUUAAUAAAAGAAUCAUGUAU